GGCAGCAGAAGGAGCUCUUGCUUCCUGCCUCUUUCACUCCCUUCUCAGCAAGUUCUGGGAGAGCCACAUCCUGGGGUCCAGGAAAGGGCUGGGGGUUGGUAGGGCAUCAGUAAGACCCAGCAACAGUCUAGAGGAAAAGGGAGGUUCCUCUGCAUUUCCCUUUCCUGCAGGCCUGCUGGUUUUUCAUGAUGUCAUCCAUUCAUCAUUGUGAGCUGAUUGGCCAGCCCGGGGCUUGGCCAGCUGCCCAAGGCCAGAAGGGAAGAGCGAGAUCCCAGGACAAAUGUGCAGCCGGCCCCUGAGCAUGUGUAGAAAUGUUGACAUCAGUUCCACAUAGAAAGACUUGGUGGAAAUCAAAGAAGACAGUACAAGUCACAAGAUCUUUUCCAACCUUCCCUUCCCAGAAUGCCUGGGAAGAAUUCAGGGGCCUCUUGCCUGUGGAUGAGGAACCGAGCCCUGGAGUAGGCCUGGGUGUAGAGGAGGGACUGCUCUGCCAGAUGGUUCGUUCUCCAGAGUUCAACCUGUUUCCUGACUCAAUGGUGUUUGAAAGCAACUUUGUCCAGGUCAAAAGGGGCCGAAACUGGAUAGACAUCAACAAAGCCUCCAACACCGUGGCCCUUGGGGUGACCUCCUCCGUGCCUUGCCUGCCCCUUCCCAACGUCCUCCUCAUGGCCAGAGUCAAAUGGCAUCCGGGGCAGAGCCAGACAUGGAACAGACCAUCUAAAGCUCCAAAGAUUAUCCUGAGGAGGAUUCUCCCAUUGAGAUUUGUGGAGCUCCAGGUCUGUGACCGCCUUCAACGCAUCCUGCGGUUGAGAACAGUCACUGAGAAGAUCUACUACCUAAAACUCCACCCUGACCAUCCAAAGACUGUCUUCCACUUCUGGAUCCGACUGAUUCAAAUUCUGCAGACGGGCCUGUCCAUCACCACCAAAGACCCUAGGAUUCUUGUCACUCACUGCCUGGUACCCAAGAAUUGCCAUAGCCCAUCUGGAAACUCUAAGUUAGUACAGAAGAAACCUCAAGCCUCCCACCCCAGUGAGAGCCUCCUGCAGCUGAUGGCCAAGGGGGAGAGUGAGGCCCUCUCUCAGAUCUUUGCCGACUUGCACCAGCGGAACCAGUUCAGUUCCAGGAGCUGCAAAAAGAUGAAGAUCCACAAGAUCUGCACAGAGAAAGAUACUGCCCGGGAAGACAGCAUCCCUUGUACCCAUGACCUCAGUUGGAGGGAAUCAUUCACUUGUGGAGAGUGGGAAAGAGAGAACCCCUCUGGGCCGCAGCCACUUACACUCCUCAGCACUCUGGCGGCUUCCACCUGGCCACAGCUGGCCCCAUCCAUAGAUGUGCUUACCUCUGCAUCCUCAGUACCACACACAAGCACAGCCCAAUCCCAUCCCAAGGGCCGUGAGUGGGCACAGAAAGACCUGCACUCUGAAUGGCUGGAGCCAAGAGAUGGAGAAGCAAUGUGAGGAGCAGAAGCAGAGGGGAGGCUGAAGAGAGCCAAGUGGAGAUGAAGAGAGAGGUGGCAGGAGGGAGUCAAAGAAGAUAAGAGAUAUAAAGAGAAGAGGUAACAGAAGGAAGCAGAAGAGACUUGGGAGAAGAGAUGAAGAGGACAAGAGAAGAAGUACAUCACUGAGAGAUGCCUCACAAAAGUAAAGCCAUAAACCAAAAAAAAAAAAAAAAAAGUAUGUUUUCUUCUCUGCUCAGAUCACUCUGAACAGUGCAAGGGACCCUCCUUCAAAUUCCCCUUUCACCAGUUUUGCUUUAUGGUCUUUCUCUUCUGAUUCAAGCUAUAUCCCUGCUUCCUUAGCCUGUUCUUAACCUGGCCUUGCUAGCACAGCCCUGGUGUGUCAGACUUGGGUUUGAGGUUGAGGAAUGCUUCCUACAGAAGGUUGUAAGAUGUGUGUAAAGUAGAGUGAAUUUCUCUUUGGUUUUCAAACUUCCUAGGUUUGCUGUUGUGUCAGUCCUGCAAACACUGUCUAAUUUCUUUUGUGUAUGACAUUCCCUUGAAAUGCUGACAUACUGUGCUAGUGCUUAUUAAAGUAAUGAUUCCAAAGAGA